GACCUCUUCGGGUUCGGAAAAGUCGAACUCUUCUACAUGUGGAAAAAGAAGCUUUUUGUCCACUACAAUUUUCAACUGCCACCGCAAGAAGAAAACUUGUGCGGUGAGAGUGGAUGGCGUGGCAGUGGAACGACCACGAUUGACAUUGCUGCUGCGAGUCCAGCAGUAGCAGCAGCAGCUUCCACCUCCGACGCACAUCAACUCGGCUUCCAUUCCCUCUCCGAAGAUGAGAUGGAUCAUUGGUGGAGAUACCCUGCGAAAAUCCGAGAAUGCUCAAAAAACCUCUUUUUUUCGCCCCCAUCUCUGAGUUCGAGGGCCUUGAGCUUUUCCUCUUCAGCUUCUGGGACUGGUGGCGGAAAUGGAGUUGGAGGUGGCCCGUUUGCGAAUGCUGCAAACUAUUUUGCGCAUUUGAAGGAGAUCGAGAUGAAGAUGUUAGAGCAGGCGUCUUCACAAGGAGCAGUAGAAGGAGCAGACCAAGGGGAAGAUUCUCCUUCUGUAGUGUCUGUGUGUGUGGUGGAUUUCGAUGAUGAAGAUCAUCCUAGCGGUACUACUAGGGAGCUAGUAGUAGGAGAACUAGAACAAGAAAUAAACGCGCCUGGAUCAGAAAGGCGAUUGACAGGCUCAGAGGCUGGGGUUGAAGGUAACGAUCAUGAGACCACGAGGGUGAAUGCAGAAGACGAGCAACCAACACCUGCGACAGGAGGUGCUGGAACUGCAUCCGAGCAGGCGAGACCCAGUGCAGUUGCUCCUUCUGGUCGUGAGCAUGAACAAGAACAUUCACCGGCUCCUCUUCUUGAAGCAGGAGGAGAUACUUCACCGGCUCCUCUUCUUGAAGCAGGAGAAGAUACAGGACAAGUCGUUGAGGUUGCAGGAGCCGAAUUGGUGGAGGAACAAAUAGGGGCGAAAGCUUUGGAAAACGCGGUUCACGUCGUGGCAGAGGGCCAUGGACAUGGUGGACAGGAAGAUCUUCCACCAGGAGAUGAUUUCUUCUCUUCCUCCAGCACUCUCACUCACCAAGAAGAGAACUCUGCUUGGCGUGGUGAGUGGCUAGGGAACAAUGGGCAUGUACGAGCAGCGGAUCUGAAUGGAGAUGGAAGGCUGGAUCUCAUGUUUACUUACUGCGGAAGUGCAACCACUGCUACUGGAGCUACACCAGGAAUUCUUGCGCUUGCCGGUCGUGAUGCGCUUGUAGGAACGAUAUGUCGUACCUAUCUCCUGCAGAAUGAUGAAGGCGAUUUCAUCCUCCACGAUCUGCAUGACCUGCCGACACCUGCUGAAAAUCCUAGCAGUGCUGGUGGUGUUAGAGCUGCACCUACAGCCACCGCAGGACCAAGAAGAAGAGCGACAACAGAUGAUGGGUACAGGAUACACACUUCGGCAUCCGAUGCCGCCACGGUUGUUGAGCAGCAGGCUGUGCCCCGCCCGCAAACCAUUAGCAGCUCUUUACCGAAUCAAUACCAAACUCCUACAUCGAUCCCUCAGAUUGGGACACAUCCACUCACACCCUGGAACUACCUAGGUUCCUCCUUCUUUGGAGAAGUCAGCGGCCGCCUCGAAGUCUUUGCUUGGAGAAUACACCAAAAAACUCCCAGAGAGCUGCGACUUCAACAGCAAUCUUCGAGCGUGCUAACCUACGACCUAGACGUGUACACAUUUGAACCACGUCCUUUUGUAGUCGAAGACAUUUUCUUCCAUAUGCAAGCGCAGACGAUUGCUUCAGCAUCGCAUGAGGUACCGGUAGCAGGGCCGGGGACAGCACCUCUACUUCCGGACACUGGAGGAGGUAUCGGAGUAGCUGCAGGUGACUAUGUCAAUGCAUUAGGUGUUUCUGCAGAAACAAGUGCGAUCUAUAUGCGACCUGGAGACGGCGAAGCAGAAGAAGCGACGAGCGGCCAAGAAUUACAACACCUCCAUUCAUCCCCUCUUCCACGUCCAGAACACGAUGAUCCUCGGAUUGCGGCAGCCCGUCGUGCACCAGGGUAUGGCGUCACCUACAAGAUCAGUUUCCUCACAGCAAACCUAGCAAGAGAGAGGUCGCAAAGUACACAGCUGAGUCAAACGCAGUUUGGUGCUUUGCAGUUACCGUUCAUAGACGUCGGAUUGGCGGGCUCGAAUUCCUAUGUGGAAAACUUCUUUGUAGGAGUUCUUCCGAAGAGACAGAGGCUGCAAAAGGUGAAUGCUGUAGCUGGUUCUGUGCCCGGGCCAGUCUUGCGCGAUGAGGGAGACGGAGAGAUCAUGACGACGCAAGAAAAUGCUCCCCGUUCUGAAUUCUACCGGCACUUCCAGGGCGCUCAGAUUGUGCCCAACAGCGCCGUAGAAGUUCACCUCUCCCCGUUAGAGUGGGAGUUGCAGUUAGUGGUAAACCCUGGCGCGUACUUGUACUUGAUUCUGUACGUGUGUACUACCUUGAUUUGUUCCAUAUUCUUGUGCGCUUUGGUGUUGGACUUGAAGGAACGCAAAGCUCGAGAGGCAGACAGGGAGAAGGAGUUUCGGAUGCAUUUCAUAAACUCCUAAGCAUUCAACUCUUGAUGUUGGCAUAUUGUUGGCCUAAUUGCUUCAAAUUUUGCUCAUGUUGACUUGUCAUCGUUUCCUUCUUUGAGCAAAAAAACAUAAAGGUGGCUCUAUGCCUUGCUAAAAAGACUCAACUUUACCUGUUGUGAUCAUAUAAUUGAAUGGACAAAGGACGUGUUGGAGUUUAGUGCUCGAAGACGUAAACGAAAAGUGAAUGAAGAAGUUGGAUUUUCACCAGACAUUCAAAAUGCCGUGUGUUAUUGCGGCAUUAUCAAGUAGGAAGCAUCGAG